UGAGCCUCCUCUCCUUUUGGUCCUUUAAGCUUUGUGUUGGGUUGUUUGUUGCUGUUGUUAUUGUUGUGAUAAUAUUAUUUAUUCAAUAUCGUCCAGUCCUCUCGUUUAGUUAGGUGUUCAGUGUUCAGAAGAUUUUCUUCCACCUGUUCCCAUUGUUAAGAAACUCCUUCUGGGCAAACUGGCUUCGACACUCGCUUGAUUCUUCUUUUAGCGGUACCUUUCGAGACUAAUUUAUUCCUAUCCAAACUCAGAUAACUCGUCGUCAUGGUCAUUCCAAACGGCGUCAAGCACGAUUUGCAGUUACCUGCUGAUUGUGACGAGCAGCCCCUCUUCCCGAUGAAACUCAUCUCUCCGGACGUUGCUGCCCAACUCCCCGAGGGCUACACCAUCCGUCCUCUCCGCAAGUCAGACUUUUCUAAUGGCUACCUUGAAGUCCUCCGCGUUUUGACCACCGUUGGAGAGUUUUCCUUCGAACAGUGGAGCGAACGCUACGAUUGGAUGGCAAAGCGAAACGAUGAAUAUUAUCUCCUUGUCAUCUGUGACGAGACCGGAAGAGUCGUUGGGACCGGUAGCUUGAUCGUGGAGCGCAAAUUUAUCCAUGCUCUUGGACUGGUUGGACAUAUUGAGGAUAUUGCUAUCGAGAAAAACCAGCAGGGCAAGAAGCUGGGACUAAGAAUGAUCAAUGCCUUGGAUUACGUUGCGGCGAAGGUUGGAUGCUACAAGAGUAUCCUUGAUUGCUCUGAGGCCAACGAGGGUUUCUACAUCAAGUGCGGCUUUAAACGCGCCGGACUUGAAAUGGCUCAUUACUAUAAUGUCUGAGAUGCACCCUGACCUGCUACUCUCGCCCUGACUGUCGCAUCCACUGACCGUUGGCUCAGUCUUAUGGAAUCUCAGCAGACGAUUGUCGCUUUCUAAACCCCUAAACACUGGGAGUCAUUCGUUUUUGAAUCAUCGGCUGAAUUUGGACCAAGCCAUUUCCUCUGAUAUAGAAAUGGGUUGCGGCGAAGGGCAUGUCGGAGUUUUAAAUGUUACAAAGCAAGAUUGCUGACUAGAUUCAUUGAGGAAUUGUGGUUUGCACCCUGGUCCACUUUAUGAUCAUUCCUUUGGUUUUAGGGUUGGCAAAGGUGUUUGGUUUUGAACUCAUAAGGUGGCUUCUUUUCGUCCCAAGAUGUUGCGACUGGGUGAUUUCAGUUCAAGUAUUCUUUA